AUGCUAGAGGGAAUACAAACAAGUAAAGGAGUUGAAUAUGGUUUAAACGGACACAAAAAUCCACAUCCUAAUUCUCUUAUCGAUAAAUUUACUAAAAUAAUUAGUUUAAGUUCAUCGUGUACCUGUUUUUGGACUUUGACAUCGCUUUUAUUUCUAAUGUUUGUUAUGUAUGUAUGUAAAACUUAUGUGAAAGCAUUAUUAAUAUGGAUCAGUUAUCAGGAUCCGAUAUUAGUUAAUUUAUUAUUUAUUUUAUUAUUUACAUUAGUUUCUUUUCCAUUUUUAUGGGGUUACAUGUUAUUAGUGCUUUCAAGCGGUUAUUUAUUCGGUGUAGUGCAUGGAUUAAUAGUUGUUAUAGUGUCUGCGAAUACAGGUGUUGCAAUUGCACAUUACACUAUUAAAUCCUUUCAUGCCAAAUAUCCAAUAUGUAAAAUAAGUGAAAGUGACAAUGCUCAAGCUGUUUUGAGAGUUAUUUCCGGUUCGCAAGCAUUUAAAAUAGUCAUGAUAUGCAGAUUAUCACCGAUUCCAUUCGGUUUGCAAAAUACAAUUUUUGCACUGAGUGAUAUACCACCAAAGACGUGUCACACGGCGACAUUUUUCGGUUUGUUACCCGCUCAAUGUCUUGCCACAUAUUUGGGGAGUACACUGAGAUCGAUAGAAGACGUUCUAGACGAUCAUUCGAAAGCAACAACGGGUUUCAUUGUGUUAUCAAUACAAAUAGUCUUCGGAAUAACACUUUUGGUCUACGUCGUUCACAAAGCGAGACAAGAAUUAAAAAGUGCUUUAAUACUUCAACAAAUAAGUAGUUCGCCAUCGAAAGAAUCAACCCUGACGACCAUAACCGUGAGCUAG